AUGCCUGCACCCGUGGCGCAACCCCCGGAAAGAGUUCUGGCUCGAUGCCUCACUCCUGAACGGAAGAUUCAGAGGGUCCGGGGUCCGCGCCCCGGGCUGCGACACCGUCGACCGAGAAACCAACACCCCCCUCCAAAGACAGUGAAGUUGGUUCAUGGACACGAGGAAAGGGAACCUGAUAACACCCGAUGCUGUUACUCUGAUGCGGCUUGGCGCGGAGACGCAGGAGGGGACAAGAUACUGCUGCACAAGCCUGCCAUGGGCAUAGGCUGA